UUUUGGAAGAUCCUUUUUCAGUUCACUUCACUCUCUGGUUCAGUAUGUUUAACAACUCCAGAUUCCUCUUCUUCUUCUUCCUCUUCGAUUCUUUGUUGUUGCUACAUUCUGGUUCUGCCACCUCGUACUCCAAACCUCAAUUGCCGUGCCAGCCGCCGACCCAUAAUUCCUACCCUUUCUGCGACACCUCGCUCCCCAUUCCGGCCAGAGUCCACUCCCUCGUCUCCCUCCUCACCGUCGACGAGAAAAUCCAGCGCCUCUCCGACAACAACUCCGGCAUCCCGCGCCUGGGAAUUCCGGCCUAUGAGUGGUGGUCGGAGUCCCUCCACGGCAUCGCCAGCAAUGGGCCCGGGAUCAGCUUCGACGGCGCCGUCAAAUCCGCCACCGGGUUCCCCCAGGUCAUGCUCACCGCCGCCGCGUUCAACCGCAGCCUCUGGCGCUCGAUCGCCGCCGCCACCGCCGUGGAGGCCCGGGCCAUGUUCAAUUCGGGUCAAGCGGGGUUGACUUUCUGGGCGCCGAAUGUGAACGUGUUCGUGGAUCCCAGAUGGGGGAGGGGACAAGAGACGCCCGGGGAAGAUCCGAUGGUGGUUUCUGAUUACGCUGUGGAGUAUGUUAGAGGGUUUCAAGGCCAGGGUUUGAAGGGUAAAAAUGGGAGAAAAUAUUCGAUUUCUGGGAAUAGGAUGCUUGAGGAGGAAGAUGAUGAUGGUGAUGACAGGUUGAUGUUGUCAGCAUGUUGUAAGCAUUUAACUGCUUAUGGCUUGGAGAUGUGGCAUGAAUUUUCUAGAUAUAGCUUCAAUGCUGUGGUAACAAAGCAAGAUAUGGAGGACACAUAUCAGCCGCCUUUUAAAAGCUGUGUCGAGAAGGGUAAGGCAAGUUGUUUGAUGUGUGCCUAUAAUGCGGUAAAUGGGAUACCGGCUUGUGCAAACAAGGAUCUCUUAGAGAAGGCUCGAACUGAAUGGGGGUUCCAAGGGUACAUUGCCUCUGAUUGUGAUGCUGUUGCUACUAUAUUCGAAUAUCAGAACUACGCGAAAUCACCCGAAGAGGCAGUUGGAAUUGCCCUUAAAGCAGGAACCGAUAUCAACUGUGGAACAUACAUGUUGCGCAAUAUGAAAUCUGCACUCGAGAAUAAGAUUGUGGUAGAAAGUGAUAUAGACCGAGCUUUGCUUAAUUUGUUUUCUGUACAGUUCCGGCUUGGACUUUUCAAUGGGAAUGCUGUAAAUAGGAAGUUUGAGAGUUUCGGGCCUAAAGACGUGUGCAGUUCAGAGCACAGAAGAUUGGCACUUGAAGCAGCGAGGCAAGGCAUUGUGCUUCUUAAAAACGAGCAGAAGUUCUUGCCUUUGGAUAAGACUCGCGUUUCUUCGCUCGCUGUUAUUGGUCCAAUGGCAAACACGAGCAGCCUUGGUGGUGAUUACACAGGAAUACCGUGCACCCUGAAAAGCGUUCUUGAUGGACUCGGAGAAUAUAUACAUAAAACAUCUUAUGCAGCUGGCUGCUUAGACGUUGCUUGCAACUCCACCGAUGGUUUUGCUGAAGCUGUGUCGAUUGCUAAGAAAGCCGAUUAUGUCAUUGUUGUAGUUGGGCUGGACUUAUCCCAAGAAACCGAAGAUCAUGACCGUGAUAGUCUUCUAUUGCCAGGACAACAAAUGGCACUAGUUAACGAGCUUGCUGGUGCCAGUAACAAACCAUUAGUUUUGGUCCUUACAGGUGGCGGUCCUCUUGAUAUAUCAUUCGCCAAGAAAGACCCGAGAAUUGCCAGUGUUCUUUGGAUUGGUUACCCUGGUGAGGAAGGUCGAAAAGCAGUCUCCGAGAUCAUUUUUGGAGACUACAAUCCAGCUGGGAGAUUGCCUAUCACAUGGUACCCGGAGUCAUUCACUCAGGUGCCAAUGAAUGACAUGAACAUGAGGCCGGAUCCCUCUCGUGGUUAUCCGGGAAGAACCUAUCGGUUUUACACGGGAGACAAAGUAUACGAAUUUGGGCAUGGGCUAAGCUAUUCAAGCUUUAGUCUUGAACUCUUAUCCGCGCCAAGCAGGUUACGCUUAUCCCAAUCUAUCAAGACAGAAUUGAGGAGGAGCGUUCUAAACCGCGGGGGGAACGAGCCCUAUGUUCAUGUGGAUGAAGUGUCAAACUGCGAUUCAUUGGCAUUCUCCGUGCGGGUUUCUUUGAGGAACGAUGGAGGCAUGGAUGGAAGCCGAGUCGUGAUGUUAUUUUCUAGGGCGCCGAGGUCUUAUGCAGGAGCACCACAGAAACAAUUGAUUGGAUUCGAUCGAGUCCAUGUGUCUGCCAAUGGAGCAACUGAAACAAGCAUUUCUAUAGAGCCUUGCCAGCAUCUGAGCAUUGUGAAUGUGGAGGGGAGCAGAGUAUUGCCCUUAGGUGAUCAUACUCUGAGUUUAGAAGAGAUAGAGCAUGUUGUUUCAGUUGAAAUAUGAUCCCAAUUUGUCAAUUCAAAGAUUUUAUCAUAAAAAAAAAAAAAAGAUUUAUCAUUGAAAUAAUGAAGUGGAAACUCCAUGAUAGUAGCUCUACCCA